UGUCUCGGUGAGAAUAUCGAAUGUGGAAGCAUAACAAGCCCAUGUGGGUCAUGUGGAACGUGUUAGUGUUGGACUUAAUAUCAGCUCCAGUGGCGCCAUGAAGGGCAAGGGUAACAUGAAGGCCGGCCAGGAAGAAGUUAGCCAAGAGAUCCGUCAGUUCCAGGCUAUGAAACAUGAGGAACACCAGGCUGCCAGCCACAAGUACUUUGAGGAAGGUGAAGAGCCGUUCAGGCAUCCUGCAGCUCCCAGCAUCUCAGUUGACCAGAAAAAAUCCACUAAGACCUUCGGAAAGUAUGAAAAACAUGGUAACAAACGAAAUUUCGAAAGCCAAACACCACAGGAAAAAACCGAUUGGAAAAAGCUGAAGUUAGAGAAAAAGGAGCUGAAGAUGAAGCGGAAGGAGAAGAGUCAUGGUGGCAGCGACUUGUAUGAGCUAGGAGUUAAUACCAAGAAGAUAUGGGAGGAAUUACGUCAAAGUAAAUGUAAGCAAGAGCGCCGACAGGAGCUGUGCAAACAGUUGAUGGCUCUGGUGCGUGGUAAGGUCAAGUCUUUAAUAUUUGCUCAUGAUACUGUUAGAGUUAUAGAAACACUUUUGGCAGUGGGUGGUGAAGAGUAUCGCACACUUAUAUUUGAGGAGCUCAAGGGAGAUAUAAUAGAACUCAGUAAAAAUGUAUACUCUCGUUUUUUUGUGUUGAAGGUCCUAAGAUAUGGUACUAGGCCACAGAGAGAUGAGGUUAUUAAGGCUAUGAAGGGAAAAGUUGUUAAAUUAAUGAAGAAUAAAAUUGCCAGUGAUGUAGUGGAGCUUGCAUAUAAUGACUAUGCCAAUGCAACACAACGGUCAAUGAUGGUUCAGGAAUUCUUUGGGCCUCAGUUUCGUCUUUUUCACGAGGAAGAUGUACAUUGUUUGGACGAUGCUAUCAAGAAAUAUCCUAGUAAUAGAGAGUUCAUAUUGAAAGAUUUCUUUAGUGCCUUGCAACCUAUUAUCGACAAAGGCGUGUUUACAAAUUCAAUGGUGCACACGUUAUUACGGGAUUUCAUGCUGGUCUGUUCAGUGGGAGAUCGUGCUGGUGUGAUUGAAGCUCUAAAGGAAUCAUUGACACCAAUUAUACACACAAGAGAUGGAGCUCGAGUAGCCAUGCUAUGCCUAUGGCAUGGCACGGGAAAAGACAGGAAGACCAUUCUGAAAUCAUUCCGAACACAUUUUGUCAAGAUUGCCACUGAGGAGCAUGGCCAUAUGGUACUGUUAGCUGCAUUUGAUUGUGUUGACGACACUCAGUUUAUGAAAAAAGUAGUCAUAUCAGAGCUCAUGGAUGAGCUGGAUCAAAUUGUUGCUUCUGAUUAUGGAUUAAGAGUUUUGAGGUAUCUGGUGGCUCCUCGUAGUGCAAUAUUCUUCCAGCCUAGUGUAGUGGCUAUAUUGUCUCAAGGGGAUGGUAAUGCUGCCAGUAAGAAAGAUACAGAUAUUCGACAGCGAGAGUUGCAGGCUGCUAUUAGUGUACCCAUCUUGCGACUGUUGUUGGAUAAUAUCAGAUAUUGGGCUGUUAAUCCAAAUUGGACACUCUUCAUUGGUGCGGCAUUGCGAACAUUGUCGGCACCUGAAACUGUCUCUAUCUUUGAGAAAUUAGCAGAAUUAUGUGGUGAACCAUACUUCCCAGGCACUGAAGGUCACGUUUUAGAAGUAGCACAUACUACUAAACUGAUUACAUAUAUUAUUAAAUGUGAUAAAGAGCGACAAGCAGCAGAUAAGCCAAUCUUCAGCUCUCUCUUGUUGAAAACUGCAGAGGAGGAAAUUGCAGGCUGGAUAAACUCUAACCGAGGAUGCUUUCUUCUGGUUAAUAUGAUUGAAACGGAAAUAUCUGAAGUUGUCUCAAAAGUAAAGCAACUGAUUUCUCCACUUAAGGACAAGCUUGCCACUCUGAAAUUUAAGGGUGCUGAAAUACUACUAAAAAAGCUGUAAGAACGUGUGUAGAUAUUUUUCAAUAACUCUUGAAUAACACAUUCAAAUUUCAGUGAGGUGGUACUGAUUUGGCUAGUCUAGAGUUUGUAUGACAUGACAAUUUGUUCACAGUUGUCAUUCUGUUAAGCUUGUAAUAUAGAUUUUUAGGAGAAAGGUUAGUACAGUACAAGGCUGUAAUAUUAAAAUGCAGUAUACAUGUAUAUUUUUAAAUGUUAAUAUAAAAAUAUAAAUACUGUAAUACAAAAAAUUGUAUUAUUUAUGGGCUUCAAGUAUGUGUUUUAUAAAUUAUAGUCCCUUACAUAUUGUACAAAUUGCUUACUAAUUAAAUUAUUUAAUUAAA